AUGCCUCGAAAAGAUGACAUAUUCAGACGGAAUCCUGGAUCCGAGGAAGCAAGAUCUGAGACUCAGCCUCAUUCUUCUGAUGAUAAACCCAGCGGCAAAAUGACAGUUACAGAUCUUCCUGAGCGACCUCCACCAUUUGAAUUUAUAACUCUGACGGAAAUGCCUGCAGCUCAGAAGAGCGAUUUCUCAUAUCUAGUUCGCUCCCAUGCUAUGCAGGCAGUUGUCCACGAGAGAAGGAACCCGAGGUUGAAAAAAGCAAUAUCCGCGUCGCAAAGGACCGCAGAAACUGAAACCAAGACUUCUAAAGAGCUCUCUGGAAAGUUCAAACUGAAUACUUGGAAAAUGAAGAAGCAGCGGAAGAACAACCCAGUUCAUGAAACUGUGGAACAAGUAUUUGAGAAUGCCGGAGAUGAUGCCGCGAAAUUCACACAGACAGGCAUCAAUGCUUCAUUACAUGCUUAUGGAGGAUUACCGAUAUCCACAUCCAGCAGUCGUACACAACAACUACUCUAUCAUUACAACACGGGCUUCAUCGCGAACGCGUUUGCAAUCAACUACGAUGAUACUUGGAAGCCUUUCAGCGCUACAGACCCAGCACUGCUGCAUGCAACUCUAUGUUUGGUGGCCCAGCACGAAGAUCUUGUGCGCGGAGUGGAAGACUCCUCCGAGAAUUUGUUCCACAAAGGAGAAGUGAUGAGGCUCAUGAGUGGUCGGCUGCUCGACGAAACAUACAAAGUCACGGAUGCAGAUAUCACAUCCGUAGCACUUCUGGUCAUCUUGGAAGCUAUCAAUGGAUCAUUCGAGGCGGCAACAGCACAUAAGAUCGGCCUCGCUAAGAUGGUCAACGUCUAUGGCGGAAUCUGGAGCCUUGAGCAGAACCCGGUGGUACGCGUCUUAUCGUGGUCGGACAUUGCUUACUCAACGCGAUUCGGUACUCCGCCCGAAUAUCCAUGCCUAGUAUCCAAUCUAGACAUCUAUGCCGAAUUCUUUCCCCAAGAUCAGCGGCAGUUUCCCCUCGACGAUCAAGCCCUUCAACUCCGACAUAAACUCCGACAAAUAUCCUACAUGGUCUCACUCCCGAACAUAACACCCUAUCAAAAGCACGCCGCCACAUCCACGGCUACCAAUACAGAGUAUCUAAUUCUCUCCACCGCGACCACUCUCGCUCCCGAGACUACGCAACAAUCAAUUCUCUCCCAAGCAUUCACACUAGCCUCCCUCGUCUACCUCCACCUCACCUUCCGCCUCCUCCCAUCCUUCCCCAACCCUUCAAAACUCCACCUCCGCCUCGCCUCCAAAAUCCUCUCUCUUAUCUCCUCGCUCUCGCCUUCAGAUUUUUCUUCCCCAGAAGCCCUCGAUUUGCUCCUCUGGCUUAUGUUCAUCUGCUCCGCCGCCUCCAGCUCUGUUUAUCCGCCUCAUCAAAAGGCACAGAGCGGAAGCGAAUUAGAAAGAGGUACAGGUUUUCAGGUUCAGGAUGCCGUGGCUUUGGUGUGGAAGAUGCAUCCUCAGAUCGUGGUCCAGAGUAAGGCACAGGUGAGAGCGAGGUUGAGGAGUGUGGUUUGGAGGGAGGGCGUUUGUGAUGUGCUGCAUGAUGGGAUUUGGGGGGUUGUGGAGAGUAUAAGGGGUGGGAAUGUGGCCCGAACGUCAGGAAAGUUGGAGUAUAAAGAUACGAUUUCUCUAGAAUGAGCACGCAAGUUCUAGAAAUUUGAAAAUUGGAAUUAAUCAGGAAGGCAAGCUUCGUGGGUAGCAAAAUUCAAGUCUC